AUGACCUGGGACCAAGACAGCCUUCGUGCCCGCUUCUGCCAUGCCCUCUCGGAAAUGUACAAAGCCGAAGUCCCCCUGUACGGGGACCUCGUCGACCUCGUCUGGAAAGCCGACGCGGCAGCCCUCCAGACCAGCCAGCAGCUCGGCGACGCCGCGAUCGACCCAGAUGAGCGCGAACUCUCCACCAUCCGCCGCAUGUUCGCCGUCAUGGGCAUGGCCCCCGUGGGGUACUAUGAUCUGAGCAUGGCCGGGUUCCCCAUGCACGCGACGGCGUUCCGGCCGCGCACGCGCGAGGCCCUGGCCAGGCAUCCGUUUCGGGUGUUCACGACCGUGCUGCGGAUGGAGUUGUUGACGGAGCGGACGAGGGCGUUGGCGCGGCGGGCGCUUGCGCAGCGGGAUAUUUUCAGCCCUCGGUUGAUGGAGCUUCUUGAUUUGGCGGAGAGGGAGGGGAUGCUGAGCGUUGAGGAGUGCGAUGAGUUCAUCGUCGAGGGGCUGGAGACCUUCCGGUGGCAUUCCAGGGCGACGGUCACGCUGGAGGAGUAUCAGAUCCUCAAGGCGGAGCAUCCGCUCAUCGCGGAUAUCGUCUCCUUUCCCAGCUGCCACAUCAACCACCUUACGCCGCGGACGAUCGAUAUCGAUCGCGUGCAGAGGAUGAUGUGGGAGCGUGGGAUGCCAGCCAAGGAACGCAUCGAGGGGCCGCCGCGGCGCGCGAAUCCCGUCCUGCUGCGUCAGACGAGCUUCAAGGCGCUGGAGGAGACGGUGUACUUUCGCGACGCGCGGAACGAGUACGUGAAGGGCUCGCAUACGGCCCGGUUCGGCGAGGUCGAGCAGCGGGGGUAUGCCUUGACGCGGAAGGGGCGCCAGCUGUACGAUCAGAUUCUUGCUCGGGUCAACCGCGAAGCGACGGAGCAGUCGGCUGGCUCGGUGGAGUACGAGACGAUCCUGAAAAAACGCUUCGAAGAGUUUCCUGAUGACCUGGCGCAGCUUCAGGCGCAGAAACUGGCCUUCUUCAGCUAUCGAGUGGCACCACAUGCCUCGACGAGGGCUUAUCAGGGCAUGAAGGUUGUUUCCCUGUCGCAGCUGUUGAAGGCAAAUGUCCUCGACUACGAGCCCAUCACGUACGAGGACUUCCUGCCGUUAUCCGCCGGGGGCAUUUUCAAUUCGAACUUGGCGGAGACAUCACAGUCUAGGCAGCUUAUAAUGGAGGCUGACACUGAUCUAGACGGAUUUCAACGAAUGCUGGGGGCUCCUGUGCGGGACGAGUUUUAUCUGUACGAGCAGAUCCAGCAAGAGAGUUUGGAGAGUUGUCGCCAGCAGUUGGGGGUUGGAUCGAUUGAGGACUGA